AUGAUAAAAACCGACUUGUCUUUUAUUUUGGAUGGAAUGAGACCUUUUUUUAGCAAUACAUGCAUUUGUGACUUCAGAUAUGCAAAUAUUUGUUUUAACCUUUGAGUUUCCAUCCAGAUUUGCAGACUGGUGUUGCAGCUCUUGAGCGUGCUCUGGAGGAAGAAAGGGAGCGGUGCAGGAGAAAAGAGCUGGUGAGGAUGAGUGUUUUAAUGCAGCAUUGCUCAGAAAAAAGUCAUAAAUGGGUGAGUUCAACUGCAGGAGAUGUGGGGACACAUCUGGGUUCACUGCAGGAUGUGUCCUCUUCUGCCCUUUGACCUCAUUCAGUCUUCCACCUGUGGAUCAGGGUGGAAGUAUUCUGUGAUGGUGGACUGCCUGAAACUGGGUUUGUCUCUGCAGCAGAAGAUGUUUGAGUUUGACAGAGUCCAUGGACUUGAAGACUCCCAGAAUGCCGUGUCACUUCUUACAUCCUUGCUGGAUGGGUAAAAUCGGUGCAUCAUGGCGUAUGAGCAGACGGGCAGUGGGGAAACCCACACCAUGAUGGGACUUCACCAGCUGGAUGGGAUGCAACAGGAAGCACAGCAGGGAAGCAUCUCAAAAGCUGCUGCAGACCUCUUCAGGUGACAGAGCGUCUCAGAAAUAUUUCUAAGGCACUAACCAGCUCAACCUUUCUUUACAAACUCUGUGGAGCUCUCAGUCAUGGAGGUCUGCGAUAAUGAGGUCUACGACCUGCUCACCAGAGACGAGCACAGAAAUGCAGCGGGUCAGUGUCAGGAUGUUAUCACCACCUCCUCCGGUGCCAGCUUGGUCCCCUCUCUCACGUCUGAGCCUGUUCGUAGCGCCUCUGAGGUGAUGCAGAUUAUCAGCAGCAUCCUGAAACUCAGAAGGUCCCACUCUCAUCUCAUCACCCUCACCGUCUCCACCAAAAGCCCCAACGCCCUGGCUCUGGGUGAGACGAAGCUGCAGGAACGUGCACGCUACUCAUUCACUUCCUGCUUUCAUCACUCCUCCUCCUCCUCUUACCGCAGCAUCUCAGACUCCGUUCAGGACCAAGCUGCAGCUGGUGGACAUAGCAGGGAGCGAGUGUGUUGCCACAGCUUUCCUUUGACGACUGAGUCAGGCAUGACUGGAGUUUCUAGUGCGGCACUGUGGGAGGCGUGCUGUAUAAACCGCAGCCUCUCGGCUCUUCCUGAUGUCCUGGCUGAACAGAGGCCUCACAUCCCCUACAGGAACAGCAGACUCACUCAUCUGCUGCAGGACGCCAUAGGUGGAGAUGGCAGACUGCUGGCGAUGCUGUUGACUCAGCCCUUCAUCACAGCAUCCCUUCACUCACUAGCUUUUGGCAAGGCCCAUCAGGUCUAAAGGGAGCGACCCCGAAGGAGAAGUAAUAAUACGCUAAAAGUCAAGUGAUGGGAUGUCGGAGGAUUGGAGGUAUUUGGAGAUGUCACUAAAGAGAUUCAAAGCUGGGACAGAAAUGUAAUCUUAAAAUUAACCCAUUUGUUCAGAAAAGUGUCUUUGAAAACUUAAAGACCGAUACCUUCAUUUUACAGCCUUAAACAGCAAUGUUCUGAUGUUACAGCAGUUAUUAAACUCCUUGAAGUUGUUUUUUUUAUUGGGAUUGUCGUAGAGGCCAUGUUUGGCGACAUGCCAUUAUGAGAGAUUUUAGAAUAUCUUGGAUUAACCUUUGAAUCAAAGUUUUAUGAAACAUUAAUGCAAACUAGAAAUACUUUUGUGAAAAGAUUUUGAACAAUGAAUACCUUAACAGUUGUACUUUGGCGAAAAGAUAUUAGUUUUCACCAAAUAGAACAACUAACAGCUAAUGAGCUAACCACAGGCAGGAAGUUACAAAGUAGAUUUUUGUUUAUUAAAAAAAAUACUAAAAAAAACUAAUUUCCAAUUAAAAUAAACAUUUUAAAGCAGUAUUUUCUAAAGCUCUGAGGAAAGUGUUGGAAGUACAGCCAGGUGCAUAUAACAGUGGAUUUUUAUGUAAAUAACAAUGUAUUAUUUAUAAAAAUAACAUUUGAGUGAACUGAUAUUAAAUCUUAGAAAUUCAAGCAGUUUUAUUAAGGAGGGAGUUUUGGCUUGUCUCGGCAAUCCAUUAGUCAGCCAGUCCAGACAGAACUAACGGUAACAGAUAACAUCUUUUAAGAUCUGAACAAUACCUCUCAAAGCAUAUUAAAGGUUUGUAAACGUAUCAAGCUACAAAAACAAAUUUCUUAAUGUAAAAUAGGCAGUUAAGACUUCACUGAUUUAUCUAAAACAGCUUUAAACAGAUUAUAAGGAACACAUUUAUUUAUUUCAAAAGCUCGGAAGUAGUUUGCUGGCAAUUCAUUGAUUCUAACCAGCAGCUGCUUAGCUUUUACUGCAAAUGGAUGCAGAUAUGAAUCGGUACUUAAAACAGCAAAUUUAUACAUGCAUUAGUGUUUUUGUCAGUUUCAGAAAAUGCAGUUUAUGAAUAAAAUUAUGCCAAAAAGUAUAAAGUGUUAGAUUUUGAGUGAAGGGGAACGAUGUAAAGAUAUACUACAGUUACAUGUUAGCAGAUAUUUGCAUUAAAAUAAUUAUUUUCACAUUUUCUUAUAGAUGUCUCUGUUUUAACUGUUUUAACAGAGGUGUUGCAGGAUUUAAUUAUUAGUACUCAUGCUCUAGUAAUUAUUAUUUUUUACAUGCAGCAGCCCAGAGGUGACAAAUUAAACACUUGUGGGAGACGAGGCCGCUAAAUCAUGUCUUUGAGAAACUCAAACCUUUAUGAUGUGAAGCUGAAACGUAACAUUAGAUUUUUAUUCAUUCAAGCAAACUGUUACGGUCAACUGUUACAUAAGUUAUAUGGUAGACAUUUUCCAUCUAACCUUUCAUGUUUUUCUCUUUAAACCACCGUUUCUGUACCGAUGUGCCCCCCCCCCCCC